AUGACAACAACCACUUCCCCCACGAAAGACCUCCCCUUCCAAAAGAUCCUCAACUUCCGCGACGUCGCCCGCACAAUCAACUCUCACACGAGCCAACAACCCCCUCUCAAACAAAGACUCUUCUACCGCAGCGGCAUCCCCGACAACGCCACGCCCAUCGACCGCCUCCGCCUCUCCCAAGACCUCCACCUCAAAACCAUAAUCGACCUCCGCACCGACUCCGAACACGUCGAGCAAACCCGCAAAAACGCCAAGAAAAUCUCGACCUCCCCGGCCACGGAACCGAAAGAUCCUACUCAGGCCCUGAGGAUUCCGGGUGUGGAGUACAAGGACAUCAGUUUGAAUGGCCAUCCGUAUUCGAGUGCGUUGAUCAAGCAGCUGUCGUAUUGGAAUGCGGCCAAGUUGUUUGGGUUGUAUGUUGUCGGGUAUAGGACGGAGGCGAUUAGUAUUCUUGGGGAGAAUGUCAUGGCGAAACGGGGGUUGAUUGGGUUGGCGAAGGAUAGUUUGAGGCAUUCGACUGCGGAGGUUAGAGCUGUGUUUGAGGUUUUGAGCGAUGAGGGCAACUAUCCACUUCUUGUGCAUUGUACGCAAGGCAAGGAUCGGACGGGGUUGGUGGUGCUGCUUGUGUUGUUGCUGUUAGGGGUGGAGAAGGAGGCUAUUGAUGCGGACUACAUGUUGAGUGACAGGGAGCUGAAGGGUGAGAGGGAAGACAGAUUGGUGCAGAUUCGGGCGAUUGGACUGCCGGAUGAGUUUGCCGGUUGUGCGGAGGGAUGGGUUGAAGAGGUCUCGAAGUGUAUUGAUGAGGAGUAUGGUGGAAUCGCGGCUUAUCUGGAACGAUGCGGUGUCAUGAUGGAGCAGCAAGAGCGGAUUAGGAAGAUUUUGAGAUAG